CAGCACUGAUAAACAUCCGAAGCGAAGUCAGCGAAGGGAAAUAAAAACAAACUUUUUGUUAUCACAAACGCUCCAAAAGUGCACAAAACAUUCAGUGAAAAAUUAUUGUAAUUUUCGUUGAUUUUUACUAUAUCUCAUAAUGGUAAUACGCUCUGGAAGUGAUUUGGAAGACGACCUGCUUUCUUCGGAUGGAGGAGACCGUAGCAAUAGCUACCGAGAUCGACGGCGUCGCAACGAUGACCGCAGCCAACAAAACGCCGAGGAUUUGGCCAGGUAUCUGAUGGAACGGACAACAUUGUACUGGAACCUGUUCGUCACGGUAAUCAACGAUCUGAUGAGUCGGUAUCACGUGCAGGAGUUCGUGACCACGAUCUACGCCGGUUUAAAACGAUACCCACUGCUGGCCUUAUCGAUUGCGACUGUGAUCUUUAUCCUGUCGUUGCCGUUUAUGGUGUUUAUAUUUUUUACAUUGACCACAGCCAUUAUGACAUUCACCGGGUUUGUGCUGAUCGAAGGAACAUUGAUAACGUUGGCCUCGAUGCUGUUAAUCGGGGUGCUGAUCGGCGUCGGGUGCCUGCUUGGAACUAUCGGGCUUGUAUUUCUAGUGGGUUAUUUCGGCAUUUCCAAAGCGUACGACUGGUUGGACAGAGGCGAACCUAGAAACGGACAAGAGAUUCGAAAUUUGGGAGCACGCACACGUCGCGUUAUAUAAUAAUGUUCGAAGAAAUGUUUUAUGUUUUUUCAAGAUAGAAGCUCAGAUAUAUGAUCUGUAUUGCUUUAUAUACACCGAAAAAAUUCUUCAUAUUGAAUAUAUUUGUCGCACACAUAAAUUUUUGCAAUUUGGUGA